GGGAGGCCUCCGCUUUCGGGGCGGUUGCGCAAGGAGCCCAAGAUAUAAAACGCGCCGUCGGGGCGCAGCGCGACAACAAGCGGCGUCCGUGGCCGGGAGCGGGCUCCGUCGGGGAUUAUGGAGUUCCUGGGCGACAAAUUCUGCUUGAAGGGGCCCCCGGCGAGCAAAGGCGCCGAGUUCUACUUGCCGCCCGGAGCCCCCCUGGAGCACGUCAUGGAGGGAUUGGACGGGGGAGGAGGAGGAGGAGGAGGCGGCGGAGGAGGAGGAGGAGAGGCCUUCUACAGCAAAGGCGGCAAAUGCGUGGCGCAGGCUGCUUACAACCCCCACGCGCGGAUGGAGAGGGCCUCCCCGGCCAGGGAGGGCUCUGUGACCUAUGGGAUUACGAAAGUUGAAGGUCAGCCUCUUCACACGGAGCUGGGGAGGCCUUUGGACAACUGCAGCAGCCUCCGCCUAUCUCCCGUGAAAGGGAUGCAGGAGAAAGGAGAUCUGGAUGAACUUGGAGAUAAGUGCGACAGCAAUGUCUCCAGCAGCAAGAAGAGGAGGCACCGGACCACUUUCACGAGUUUGCAGCUGGAGGAAUUGGAGAAAGUGUUCCAGAAAACCCAUUACCCCGAUGUUUAUGUAAGGGAGCAGCUGGCCCUGAGAACAGAACUCACAGAGGCCAGAGUUCAGGUCUGGUUCCAAAACCGAAGAGCAAAGUGGAGAAAAAGAGAGCGAUAUGGGCAAAUCCAACAAGCAAAAAGUCACUUUGCUGCCACCUAUGACAUAUCUGUUCUACCAAGGACUGAUAACUAUCCACAGAUCCAGAAUAACCUGUGGGCAGGAAAUGCAGCCAGCAGUUCUGUGGUGACCUCCUGCAUGCUUCCACGUGACACUUCCUCUUGUAUGACCCCUUAUUCCCAUUCGCCUCGGACAGAUUCUGGGUACUCGGGCUUUUCAAACCAUCAGAGCCAAUUCAGCCAUGUUCCCCUCAAUAAUUUUUUCACUGACUCUUUACUUUCUGGAACAACCAAUGGACAUGCAUUUGAAACCAAGCCGGAAUUUGAGCGGAGGUCUUCCAGUAUUGCAGUACUACGAAUGAAAGCCAAAGAACAUACUGCUAAUAUCUCCUGGGCCAUGUAAUGUAACAGCAUCUUUUCCUUUGCCAGUGUCGGGCAACUCGGCUGCCUCUGUUUCCCAAUUUUUAUUUUCCAUAUUUAAAGGAUCCAACAAUAAGCUGCUGUGUGAAGCCUUGUUAGUGAUCAGAUGUACAAUGGAGCCUGCUUAAGCAAAUACCUAAUAUGCUAUUUAACAAUAACUUUUAAGCAUAAUCAUGUAUGAGGACUGAAUACAGCCACCAUGUGCCAAUUUCAAAAAGCCCUCUUAAACAAAUAGCCAAAUUAUGUUUAAUUGUACUGGUUGAUGAAAUAUGAUUGUAAAACCUGCAAAAAAGAAUAAACCUGUUAAUGUAGUACAUCUGCUA